CUCCUUCUCCUACCAAUCACCGGCUGCCUCAACUUACCCUGGCGCUGCUGUGACGCCACCGGCCACAUCCACCGGACAGCCGGCGAUUACAGAGAGAGGCCGGGGUUAUCAAAACAUUUCCGAGGGGGGAAGUUGACAGGGACCGGCACCAGCAGGUCUCAGAAAAAGCAUCCACUUGAUAUAGAAACCUGCACUUUAAGGUGCAUUAUGGAACUAAAGUAAUUCGGCUUAGUGAAUAAAUCUUCCUGCAACCACAAAUCGUUCUCCUCUUAUCUGAGAAAGGGGGGCUAGUUAGGGGAAGCCAUGUUUACCAAGCUUAAAAAGAAGAUUGCAGAGGAGGCAGCCGUUGCCCCUAGGCCUGGGGGUGCUGCCCGAAUUCCCCGCACCAUCAGCAAGGAGUCCAUCACAUCUGCAGGAGCUGACUCGGGCGAUGAUUUUGCCUCAGAUGGCAGCAGCUCACGGGAAGACCUGUCCUCCCAAAUCUCCCGAAGGAAUGACCAGAUCCGCAGGUUGGAAGCCAAGUUAUCAGAUUACGCAGAACAGGUCCGUGCGCUGCAGAGGAUGAAAGACAAGCUUGAGGUUGCUUUAGAAAAACACCAAGAUUCUUCCAUGAGGAAAUUACAAGAGCAGAAUGAAGUUUAUCAAGCAAGCCGGGCAAAAAUGGCCGAAGAGUUAGCGCUGGCGCUUGAAAAGAAGGAUCAGGAAUGGAUGGAAAAACUUGCAGAUCUUGAGGAGGAGAAGAAGCAGCUUUCUGAUCAGGUGAUCACCAUGAAAAAGCAGAGUAUUUCCUUGUUCCAGAAGAGAGAAGACCUUGAUGAGCUAGAAGUUUUUCAGCAGCAGGAGAUGGCAAAAAUCAAACACAUGCUGCUACAAAAAGAAGAACUGCUGAGCAAAACAGAAAAGGAUUUGGAAUCGCAAAAGGAGGAGGCACAAAAAUCUCAGGCUGAACUUCAGGACCUCAGACAGUUAUUGCAAAAGCUGAAAGAUGAUGCCGAGAAGCUGCGAGACGAGAACUCCCAGCUUGCCCAGCAGAGAACAGAGCUCCUUAGCAAUCACGAAGGAGCUGUGAAUAAGAUAACAGAGCUAGAGAACAGACAGCAAGAGCUUCAAGACUUUAUCCAGCAACUCUCCCUAGACUUGGAAAAGGCUCAAUCUUCAGCUUCUACGUGUGAAAAGAGACUGAGUGCGGUACAAGCGGACUACGAAGCUCUUAAAUUGCAUCACGAAAAGAUGGCAGUGGUAGCCGAAGAAAAAGAUGCCUCGAUUAUCAGACUGCAGGAGAGGGUCGGAUCACUCGAGAAGACGCUUGAAAGUUCCUUCUCUGGAGAGGAAGGACUGCAUGAACUACUGAAAGAGAAGGAUGCUUUGGAAGUAAGGCUAGGAGAGACUAGAAAUCAGCUUCUGGAAUCCAGAACCCUGCAGGCCGAUGCAGUCCGGCAGCUGGAGAGUCAGGUAACCAAACUGAAGAGUGACCUAGAAGAAAUGCAGGAUUUGUUGAAGCAGAAAGAUGAUGAAUUCGCUCAUUUCAAGGAAGACAGCUCUUCCCAGCUCACAGAUUUGGAGAAGAGCUUACAGUCCGUCAGGGAUAAUCUCCAAAGACGAGAGGAGGAACUGAAGGAGAGGGAAGAGCAGGUUCAAUCUCUGCAAUCGGAGAUGGAGAUGGAAAGUAACCGAUUAACACAGCAGCACCUAAGCGUCAGACAGCAAUGUGCGGAGAAGGUGGAACGACUUGAGGCUCAGGUUUUGGCUCUGGAGGGGGCUCGAGACUUUGAUAGGACAGCAGCGCAGCACAAGAUAAGUCACCUGGAACAAGAAAACGAAGCUCUAGCUGGAAGGAACACAGAGCUGGCAACUGUUCUGAAGAAUCAGGAGGCUGAGCACGAGAAAAUGAAGGAGGAACUCAGCAGCAGGGAGACUGUCAGCGUGGAGAUUGCAAAAGCCCUGGAGGAGAUGCGGAAGCAAAAGGAAGAGCUUCAGCAGCAGGUGGCCAAUCUAACAGCCGUUAUUAAUGAGAACACAACUUUACUUGUCCGGGCAAAGGAGGAUCUUGAAGGAAAAGAUAAGGAAUUGGUGAUAUUGAAAGCAGAUUAUGACACUCUUGUGUCAGAAAAGCAACAGUUACAAUCUGAUCUGGAAGCUUACAAAACCAAAAUGGCAGAGAGCAAGGAAACUGCCGAGAAGCAAGCAACAGAUCUGAGCUUCCAGCUGCAGGAACAGAAGGAGGCCCUGCUGGCAAAGGAAUUGCAGGUGUCCUCGCUGCAGGAAGAGGUGUCUCUUCUGCACGACCGCCUGCACGGCUCGAAUCAGCAGGAGCCCAACGGAGAGGUUACAGUCGGGGACAUCGCCCAACUGCAGAAAGAGAACUGUGAAAUGGAGCAGCAAAUCGCAGAAAAGAAUAAGACUAUAAAACAGCUCCAGCAGAGGAUGGCAGAGCUAAAGAAGACGUUGCAAAAAGAAUUGAAAAUAAAACCAGAGCAGGAGGUGAAUGAGAUUAAGGAUAAGCAGAACCCUGAACUAGCAGCUAUCCAGCUCACCGUGACAAAUAACUCUGACCUGAACGACUCACGGGAGAUCAACUUUGAAUACCUGAAACAUGUGGUUUUGAAGUUUAUGUCUGCUCGGGAAGCAGAGGCUUUUCACCUCAUCAAAGCCGUUUCUGUCCUACUUAACUUUUCUGUGGAAGAGGAAAACCUUGUCAAGGAGACCUUAGAAUACAAGAUGUCAUGGUUUGGUUCCAAGCCAGCUCCAAAAGGUUCUAUCCGACCAUCGAUCUCCAAACCUAGAACCCUGUGGUCCUAAGGAAACCUAGAGGAAAACGGAUCUGUAAACUUGCCUCCUGGGUGACUGCACUUUCUAUGAAAUGAACACUAAGGGCUUGGGAGGCACUGAUGAUUCUAAUCACUGUCCCUGCAGUGUUUUGUAUAAGCCUUUACAAGCUUGUUUAUUAUCCGGGUAUCUCGGGAGUGACUUUUUGUUUUGGGUUGGAAUCGCAAAGUUCAUUCUAUCUUUGUGAAUACGGUAGAACCUCGGUGUAGUAGAGACACGCGCGUAUGGAGAUGUCCAAAUGGUACAUGCUUUUUCCUGAAACAAAACCCAGACAGGAGUUUGUGACUGACUCUCACAUCUGCGGCUCUGUGUGAUCAUCCACGUUCUGCUAAACCUUAGGGCAGCAACGAUGAUAACGUCUAUUUAAAUUAAGUUGCUGCUACACUUGAAGAUACUUAAGGCUUCCCAAUAUGCUUCUAAGGGCUAAUGAUGGGAAUCAGACGCGAUACUGUUGACCGCUCGACAUGAUUUAAGGUGUUAUCUGGUACAGUGUAAAUUA